AUAUUUUUAGCUUAAAAAGGCUUUGAUUAUUCCCCUUCACAUUUUUGUAACCAGAAAACUAUAUUCGCCCGCCCAUCAACCUCCCAAACUUUCCCUCUAAUUCCCCCAUUUCUCAACCAUUCACCACACGAAAAGGAAACGCCUUUGACUCUCUCUUGCUCUCUGUUUUCCUUCUUUCGUGUCUGGAGAAAACUCCCAACUCCCUUUUAUGUUCCACUCCAGAGACAGAGCAACCAUCAAAGCUCUCCUCUUUUACUCCGCCCUCUGGCUUUUCUCUGUGUAAGAAACAGAGCAUCAGUUCACAAUGAAGUACAUGAGAACAAACAGCUUGAAGUUGAAGCGGCUCUUCUCAUUAGUCCGCCGAACCGUCGAAGAAGAAGAAGAAAGGAUAAUCGGGAAUGAAGAUGGAGACCCAAUUCGCCGAAUCAAAGAGCAGUACAUCGCCACUUCUCCAAGACCACCCACUUGGAAAUGCUUCUCUUACGACGAAAUAACACUCGCCACCAACGCCUUCCACCCAGAUAAUUUGGCGGGGAAAGGAGGGUAUGCGGAGGUUUACAGGGGAACCAUGCCGGGGACAGGGGAAGUUGCGGUGAAACGGCUGACGAAAUCGUGUACCGACGAGAGGAAAGAAAGAGACUUCCUGAUGGAGAUUGGAACGAUCGGCCAUGUCAACCAUCCAAACGUUCUUCCUUUAGUUGGUUGCUGCAUCGACAAUGGACUUUACCUCAUUUUCCAGUACUCCUCCAUUGGCACCGUAGCUUCUCUUCUCCAUGGGGAGAAUUGGAAAGAGUUGAAUUGGCGAAGAAGGCACAAGAUAGCGAUUGGGACGGCGAAAGGGAUCGAUUAUCUCCACAAGGGAUGCCAAAGAAGAAUCAUCCACCGGGACAUCAAAUCGUCUAAUGUUCUAUUGACGGAAGAUUAUGAGCCCAUGAUAUCCGAUUUCGGGCUGGCGAAAUGGCUGCCAACGCAAUGGUCUCACCAUUCAAUCGGGCCCAUUGAAGGAACAUUCGGGCACUUGGCGCCAGAGUAUUAUUUGCAUGGGAUAGUGGACGAGAAGACGGAUGUGUUCGCGUUUGGAGUGUUCCUCUUAGAGCUCAUCUCCGGCAAGAAACCUGUCGAUGGGUCUCACCUCAGCCUUCACAGCUGGGCGAAGCCAAUCCUAAAGAGAGGGGAAGUGGAGGAGGUGGUGGAUGGAAGGCUGGAAGGAGACUACGAUGGAACAGAGCUGAGACAACUUGCAUUUGCCGCUUCCCUCUGCAUUAGAGCUUCCCCAGCCUGGCGCCCCACCAUGGCCGAGGUGUUGAAGGCCAUGGUAGAUGUGGAGGAGAUGGGGAAUGAGAGGUGGAAGUUGCCAGAAGGUGAAGAGCAGCAAGAUGAGUUUUGGGGGUUUGAAGAUCUUGAAUGUGACGAUGAUAGUGAUUCCUUUUCUGCUUCUAAUUCUGUUUCCCCACAGGAUUCCUUCUCUAUGAUUUCCACUACCAUCACUCCUACUACUGUAAAUGCUACCAAUGUUACUAUUACUACUACCACUCCAACCUCAAUAAUUCCUUCUUAAUUCCCAGCUAGAGAGACCAGACCAGCUAUAUUUUGUAGUAAGUGUACAGUUUUUGUAUCUUCACCCCCUCCUCCUACAUCUUUGUAUUUUCAUUAUUCUCUUCUUCUUCAAUCAACUAUUGUAUUGUAGUCGUAUCACAUAUAUAUAAAGUGAGGUGCAACUUUAUAGUGAAUUAGAAAUUCAGAUCCUUGUCAACUCUUUCUUUUUUUAAUAUAUACACUAUUUUAUAGAAUCAUACGAUAAUCUAUGUGUAGUAAACAAAUUGGUUCAAACGAAAAAAUAAAAAAAGUUUACAAGUAUGACAUCUCAAUUGAAGGAAAAGAACAUAUGCGAAAUACAUCGCAGAAUGAUGAAUACAUCGAUUCGAAUGGUCUGGAUCGGAUCUGCGAAAUACAUCGAUUCGACAAAAUGAUGAUUACAAUCACAUAGUUGAAUACAAAUGGUCUGGGUUUCAGAUUUGUUUGAAUUUCUAUCCCUUUAAGGUAAUAUUGCUUUGUGAUGACAUCUAGAUUGUGUUUCUAUUUUAGCUCUGUUCCAAUUUUGGUUGAUGGAUCUCAUAUUAUGAUUGAUGUCUCGCCAUCCUCCCAUAACAUAUCGAAUCAUGUCCAUGAAACCGUACCGGAGACCGUAUCGGGAAAGUUAGCGGUAGGGUAUUUUAUGGUAAAACCGUGGUUUAACCGUAGUUCAACCGUUAUACAGGUAAAUAUCGCAUAUCGGUUUAGCCUCUAAUACUGGUAUUUCGUGGUUGAACUGGCGGUACGGUACGGUUUAAUGGACACUAAUCCAAUGACGAGAAAAUAAAAAUGAAGAUAAAAUUUAUAACUUUAGUCCUUCUGGUACUAUAAUUUGGAUGUUGGACCAUAUUCAUCAUUUGGGAAAAAGGUCGAGUUGUUCAAAGAACAAAAUAGGGGUUGAGUUAUUUUUGUCCAAAUGAUCAAAGAUGGACCAUAUAUUGUAAAAAAAAUUAAUUAUAUGGAGAUCCUUUGGGAUCUCUCUCCCCCUCUGUGUCUCUUCAGUCUUUAUAUACAAAUUGCGGGGUGAGAUAGCAUGACUAACCCUAAAUGAGUUGGAAAAAUGACACCCCUUAUUAAUUAUAGGCUGUUAAGGUAAUUGAUUUGUGUAGCAUUUGAUAAUUUGUCUGAAUUAAAAACUCAUAUUAAUUACUUUUCUUUUUCAGUGCAAUGGUAGUUGUACUAGUGCAAUGAUAUCGAUGUACAAGUGCAAUGAUAGUUGUGUCAGUGCAAGCUAACCGAUCCCGCAAAUUGCCACUAAAAUUUCAUUAAUUAAGCAUCUGAAUUGAUUGGUGUGCACUUGUUGGGUGAAAUAUAUUUUUGUUGCUAAAUCUUCUUGAUUAGCAUCAAUUUCCCCUAAUUAUAUUUCAACGUUUUGCAUUAUUAAUCGUAUGCAUGCCACCUCGAAGUCUAUAACUUACUACUUUACUAGUUUAUCGCAAGUGUUAGGAACUUAAUUAAUUGAACUAAUGGUCCUAAUAAUAUCUGCAUGGUCGCGUGCUUAAUAAUACCAAAUAACUUCUAGUGUCUCUCUCAAAGAAGACAGCUCAUUUUAAACAUAACAUAAGCACUUUGCCACUUAUUGCAUUUGCAUAGGAUGCUCAAGGAAAAACAUUUAAGUAAAUCAAUCAUAUAAAAUGCUGCUUAAUAUUGCAUGUGACUUAGUUCGAAGGUUCGUUCCUUCGUGGACAGCCGAUAAAAUUGAGACUUAGUU